AGAAAUAAAUCAAUGGCCAUGGAAAAUUCCACAGUGGUCACAGAGUUCCUCCUUUUGGGACUGACAGAACGUGCAGAAUUGAAAGUCCUCCUCUUUAUGCUUUUCCUGGUGAUAUAUAUCAUUUCUUUGGUAGGGAAUCUUGGUAUGAUUGUAUUAAUCCAAAUCACUCCUAAGCUCCACACUCCCAUGUACUUUUUUCUCAGCUUUCUCUCAUUUAUUGAUGCUUGCUGUUGUUCUGCCUCUGCGCCAGAAAUGUUUGUAAAUUUCUUCAAGGACAAGGUAACUAUACCAUUCACUGCUUGUCUGCUGCAAUAUUUUUUACUUGCAGCCCUUGUUACCACUGAGGGGUUUUUCCUAGCAGUGAUGGCAUAUGACCGGUAUGUGGCGAUUGUUAAUCCAUUGCUUUACAUGAUGGUCAUGACCAAAAGAGUGUGUUUCCUCCUCAUCAUCGGGUCAUUUAUUGGGGGAACAAUUAAUUCACUGAUGCACAUUAUCGGCUUAAUCAGAUUAUCCUUCUGUGGGCCAAAUGUCAUCAGCCAUUUCUUUUGUGAUCUACCCCCAUUGCUGAAGCUCUCCUGCUCUGACACUUCCAGAAAUGAGUUGUAUCUCCUCAUAUCCUCAGGAGUAAUUGCUGUAAUCACUCUGGGUACUGUGAUCAUCUCUUAUAUCUUCAUUGCUGUUGCCAUUCUCAGAAUACGCUCUGCAGCGGCAACCCGUAAAGCUUUCUCUACUUGUGCUUCCCACCUGACAACUGUCACCUUGUUCUAUGGUUCCAUCAGCUUCAACUACAUUCAACCAAGCUCACAGUAUUCCCUAGAACAAGAGAAAGUGAUUUCUGUGUUUUAUAUCAUGGUGACCCCCAUGUUGAACCCAUUAAUCUAUAGCCUAAGGAACAAAGAGGUCAAAGAUGCUAUAAAAAGGGCAAUAAAUUUGGAAGUAUCUUUCUGUUAA